CCACCGCCUGACUGACUGCAGCAUCAGCACCCAUCUCUCCCGGGCUACCUCUGCACUGCUCUACCCGCACUCCUCCUUCACACUCUGCGAGCUCGCUCCCUCUCUCUCUCUCUCUCUCUCUCUCUCUCUGACUCCCAUCCAUCCUUCCGCUCUCAGCAUGCAGUUCCUGGCCAGCCUGGUGUCCUUCAUGCUGGUUCUUUACAGUGUGAGAGCAGCAGCCGUGCUUCCAGGGGAGGAGAGGAGCCCAGCGCACACAAACCGGGAGCUGAGCAAAGAGCGCAAGGAAAUAAUCCUGAAGCUAAUCUCGGGUUUGUUGGACGGCGGGGACAGCAACAUGUUGGUGGGGGACGGCGGGGCGCCCGUCGAGCUGGAGGAGCCCCUUGAGUCGCGUCUGGAGGAGAGGGCAGUCUACAACCGGUUAUCACAGUUGCCUCAGCGCGACCGCAAAGCCCCUUGUAAAAACUUCUUCUGGAAAACCUUCACGUCUUGCUAACGAAGUCAGCCCCGCUCCACCAAACAUGAACUGUGGCCAACUCCGCCUGUACAUACCCAUCUACACUGUCUCGUGACGGCUGUGACUGGACUUCAGAUUUAAACCUCAUUUGUUUAAAGAGUAAUUAUGAUUAUUAUAUUUAUUUAUUUAUUUAUGAUGACAUCUGAAAUAAUAAAGCAUUAUUAAGCUAUUUCAUCGUGGGAGUCAAUUUCCAUCGAUGUGUGCGCAUCAUCGAAUUAAAACGAUUCCUGUGAUCUGC